UGAAUAUUUACAUUGGUUUGUUAAUAAUGCACAGGCUGCUGGUGUGGAAAGGAGAUUCGAAGGCUACACAUGUGUAUUUUGAUGACAUUGUCAACCUUAUCAAGGAGGAAUCAAUACACAGCAAUCUCAUAGAUGCAUAUGCUGAACUGUUGCAUGAACAACAAGAGGUGGUCAACCCAACUUCAGAUGAAGCCUCAUUGAUCUUCACGAGCAUGUGUUUGAAAGUGAUACGAGAGUACCAUCCUCGCAAAAGGAGUAAACACAUUGACGCACAUGUCAGAAACUACCAAGGAGAGAGAUACCUACUAUUCCCAUUGCAUCAUGAGUACCACUGGACGACAGUUGUGCAUACAUGA